AUGCCCGAGUCUGGCUGGCUGCAAUGGACCAUCAUCCUCGUCCUGACCGCCCUUUUCCUGUCACUCGUCGUCGUUGCCCAAGUCGUCGCCACCUACUGGGCAGCCUACCUCGCCGCGCCCCAGGAAAUCGUCACCUUUAUUGACACGGUCGAUUUUUCCAUACAAGAAAACGAGAGCUAUGACCGGGACGUGGCCAAGGUCCAGCGACUCGAGGACAAGAUUCGCCUGGGCCAGCUGCUCCGCGAGAUACAGAAGGGCGGCGACGACUUGCGCGAGCAGCUCAACAGCCUGGUGGUUUCCGAUGGCGCGACGACCCUCAGGACGAGCACGAGGCUGCUCUGGGGCGCAAAGCGAGCUCAGCUCGAGGACAGGGUGCGCCGCCUGGAUCUGUUGAGGAUGCGCUUUCUCGUCGUCUACAUGGGCAUCAUGACAUCUGUGGUCGACCGGAACCCUCCCCCUCCACCCCCGCUGCCUCGGGACCCCGAGAAGAUCAUGUCCUUUUCGAGCCCCACGAAGCCCUCGCUAAAGAAGUCACUUACUGAGACCGUGGUGAAGCGCCCGCCCUUGAGACGUCUCACCACCCAGGCUAUCGGCCACCAGGAAAAUGUCAUUACACCUCAUAGGAAGGGGUGGGCAGGUGUCGUCCAAGAGCUCCAGACCUCACCGCGGAUGCAGCAACGACAUGCUUCGAUAGAGCUCGCCAUGGCACAACCGACCCCGUAG